UUAUAAGAUUCAACAUUAUCCUACUUUCUUGUAUCGUUUAUUUGACUUUAUUAAGGUCCACCCCGAAAAAAGAAUGACAAUAACACCAACGGAAAUUGAAGGAAUUUAUACAGACUUAAUUGAAACUUUGGAAUAUGAUAAGACCCAAGCGACAUUUCAACCUAUUGAUACCAAGUUUGACCUUAAUGACUUCAAGAAGCCAGUUGUACCUCGUGCGAAGUAUCAUGAUAGUGAGAAUUUGUUAAAGAUUUUAAACAAACAAGAAACUGGAGCUGAUUUCAAGUUUGUUAGGGAUGCUACUAUGGUGGAUUCUGUCAAGCAAGGAGUUCAUACUGCAUUACACGAAGAUCAUUCCAAUACAGCACCUAAAAAGAAUAUUGUUACUACCGAAGAUGAACUUGAACAAAUGAAAGCUCCGUUUAAAAUCAAAGGACGUAUUCAUUCUGAAGAUUCUCAAAGGCUCGCUUCUUCUAGACAAUAUGAUGAUGAAAUAAUCGAUACUCGUGAUUUGGAAUCGUUCUUAAAGCAAAUAAAGAAGGAAGAUGAAAGUAGAAAACGUGAAAGUGAAGCUUUCGAAUGGAGUAAAGCCUUCUCUCAUGAAAAUAUUGAUUUCAACAAUAUCAAAAACGAUGACUACAGUUUCAUUUUGAUUAACAUGAAUGGGGAAGCUAUCCCUACUGAGAAGGAAUUUAUUGAUGGUUAUUUACCCAAGGAGAAUAUUUUUGAAGCUUUGAACAAAUUCCGCGAGGAAGAACUCGUUAAGCCAAUCAGGAGUAUCAAGAAAUUACAGAAAAAGAACUGGAAGAUAGUAGGGAGUAAAUUUGAUGGAACCAAGAAGUACUUUGUCAUGGCUAGAUCGCGUAGAAAUAGACGUGGAACUCUAUAUGAUAAAGUCAAGAGUCUUUUUGCAGUUACUGGAUUUGUUUUGGUCAGUUUGGUUGGGGUUAAUUUCUUGUUGGAGGACCCAACCGUCGUGAAAGAAGAAGAGAUAAAGGACAAGGGUGAUAUUAUGGUUGCAAGCAAUCCACCAACUCCAUUUACAGUCACAAUCCCACAAGAUACUCCUUCGACUCGCGUUUCUACACUGGUCUUUGGAAAGGAAGAGUUUAAAGACGUUGUUGUUGAUUCAAAUCUGGAAUCUGAGUCAAACACCGAAUCUUCGUGGUGGCGUGGUUUACUUUGGAGCAGCAAAUAAGUCUAAGUCUGGACAUUUUAGCUAAAAGCUGCUGAUAGUUUGCAUUUUAUACAAGUUCUCGAAAGAUCUAUAUUAUUUGUUGUUGUUUUUUAUCUAAUGUAGAUACUGUAGGCACUUAUCUAUUUCAUUUCAACUUCAGCAGUUGCAAAUUCAGUCAUAUCUUUAGAAACAUGUACGAAUUUCAUAAUAGUAGCUCCCCCAGUGGUUCCAUUCCAUAAUCGCAAUCUUUGUACUGUUUCUUUAUCGGCUAAAUCUGGUACUUUGACACCAGUAGCAUACACUUGUCUAUCAUGCUUGACUUUUUCUUCUAAUAUUUGUUGUCUUGAAGUUGCUGGUCUUCCUGGUCUUCUGGCGGCUCGUAAUUCUUCCAAUUCAUCAUCAAAUCUACCAAUGAACAAUUCAAUAAAUUCUUUGAUUUCUUCCAAGGAAAAGGUUUCUUGGACUUUGAAGUCAUCGUCAUCAUUAAUCAACUUUUGUAAGAAAAAUACUAUGGCUAAUUCGUUUUCCUUCUGUUGCAAAGUCUUGAGUUUCCUUUCAUUGAUCUUUUUAUCUCUCAAGGUUGCUCGGUUUAACUGCUUGAACUUUCGUCCUUUUAUAUGCAUUUGCCCAGUGGAUUUGGACAAGUUCUUUGUUACCUUAUUUAAAUUAUGAGCUAAAGGCAUGUCUAAUACUAAUGGUUGAUGAUAUAAUAAUAACAAUAUCCU